AUGUUGGCCGGUAUUGCCUUGACGCUUCUCGUGGGUCUGGGAGCUCUCCCCUCCGUGAUUGCAGACACAUCCUGCAGCGCAACUGUGCCUUGUGAGAUUGGGUGCUGCGACAAGUAUGGGGUGUGUGGCAUGGGCCCUGACUUCUGCGGGACCGAUGUUUGUGUCAACAGCUGUGAUGCUAAGGCUGAGUGCAAUCCUGGAGGAUGGCCGUCCGAGUAUGUCAAUGCCACAACCUGUCCGCUUGACGUCUGCUGUAGCGAGUACGGCUUCUGCGGGACUACAGAGGAGUUCUGUGGGAACAAAACCGUCACCGCACCCUCCUGUGAUGCCAGCUCCCAGUCCUUAACGCGUGUGAUUGGCUACUAUAGCUCUGCUGGGGCUUUCCGAGCCUGCGAUGGCAUGGCCCCAUACGCCGUCCCCCAGGGUGUUUAUUCGCACAUAUAUUUUGCCUUUGGAAGUAUUGACCCCGAUACCUUCGAAGUAAUCCCUGCCGAGCAGGUCGAUGAGCUGCUGUACCCUCAACUGGCGGCACUUCAGACUCGCGAUUUGGGUCAAGAGCUGUGGUUGUCGAUUGGCGGCUGGGACUUCUCCGACAGCGAUGAGCCGACGGCUACCACCUUCUCCGACCUCGCUGCGGCCGAUACAGCCAAACAGAAUGUCUUCUUCAAGUCACUAAUCAAUUUCAUGAGUACAUACGGAUUCACGGGUGUGGAUAUUGACUGGGAAUAUCCCGCUGCAAGCGACCGCAAUGGCCGCGCUGAAGACUACGAAAACUACCCUACGUUUUUGGCCAACCUGAAAAAGGCAUUAGCGGACUACAAGUACGGUCUCUCCAUUACUCUGCCGACAAGUUACUGGUAUCUGCAGCACUUUGAUCUGACCGCCAUCGAGCCCUCGGUGGAUUGGUUCAACGUCAUGAGCUACGACCUUCACGGCACAUGGGAUAUUGGAGACAUAUGGACUGGGGCGUACCUGGAUGCUCACACAAACCUGACGGAGAUCAAGUUGGCCCUUGAUCUGCUCUGGGGAGUUGAUAUCAAGCCUUCGAAGAUCAACCUGGGCUUGGCCUUUUACGGCCGCAGCUAUACGAUUUCCAGCGCCUCUUGCUCGGAGCCAGGCUGCUCCUAUGUCUCCGCCGCCGAUGCCGGGACGUGCAGCGACUCUGCCGGAAUUCUCUUUAAUAGCGAGAUUGAAGAUAUAAUUGCCGAGUACGACCUCACGCCUACCUUGUACGAAGAUGCUGCCGUCAAGACCAUAACCUGGGAUAGUGAUCAGUGGGUCUCGUUUGACGACGAAGAGACCUGGAAGCUCAAGGCCGAGUACGCCAAGUCGGUAUGUCUGGGCGGCGUCAUGGUGUGGUCCAUUGAUGAAGAUGAUUCCAACCACACUUUUUCGGUCGGUUUGGCGGCGGCCCUCGGUAACAAGAUCAAUAUCGACCCUGACACAGGCCUGGCCAUUGAUGCGUACGGCGAGGGAAUAACAGCAACCUCGUAUAUAUCAACCCAGGACGAUUAUUGCCGGUUUAUCAACUGCGGGGAAACGUGCCCCAGCGGGUUCUCCGAGAUUGUUCGGGAGGACAAGAAGAGUCAGAUUAUGUUGGACUCCACGGAGUGCCUGUCCGGAUCGAAACAGACACAAACCCUCUGCUGCCCAACUUCCAGCGAGUUGCCAACCUGCCGCUGGCGAGGCUUUCACAAUAGUGGCAAAUGCAAGGGCGGUUGCGAGAGCGACGAGGCCGAAGUUGGCACCAUUACUGCCGGCUGCCACUCGGGCUAUCAGUCCGCCUGCUGUACCAUCACCAGGUCGACGGAGCCCUGGUCCGAAUGUGCAUGGACAUCGAAAUGUGAGAGUGAUGAGACCUGCCCGUCCGGCUACGACAACUUUGUUGUAGGGUCUCGUCAGGGCUGGGGCGGCCGCAAGUCGUGCAGUGGGAAGAAGAAUUACAACUACUGUUGCAAAGACUUAUCAGCACCGGAUGCCUUUACCAACUGUGAGUGGAAGGGUCACGAGGUGGAGUUUCCGAACCAGGAGUACUGCACCGAUGCUUGCCCGUCGGGCUCAAUUCGCAUUGCCGAGGAGUCGAUUGAUGUGAUGUGGGGGGCCAACAAGAGGGCGCACACGGCCGAUUGUUUGUUUGGCAAUGAGGCCUACUGUUGCGCAGGCACGACAAAGGUCAUCGUAAACCCGCGCGGUGUCACUCCCACUUUCAACCCGGCAGCUGAAGAAUUUUACUAUUAUUUCGACAAGUUCCUCUCCAACCCCUCCUGCCCGGCUAAUUGGGACGCCGAAUACAGCGCGUCGUUUUUCAAACGGUCUACCAGCCCGAGCGAUGUCGAUUUGCUCUUCAACGAAGUGCUGGCUCAACUCGUGACCUGGAUUUCCUCUAUCAUCCCACCAAAGGAAAAGACCGACAUUUAUACAGGACUGCUCAAAGAAUAUGGAUUUGAGAAUACGGCCCCCAGUCCCGAAAACUUGACCCACCUGUUGUAUGGCAUGGAAGACAUUUGGACCGGGGCUCCGAUCUAUGAUGCCAACACGUUGAUGUCCCAGACAAUGUGCGAUAUCUACGUGGCGCGCAAGGGAGUGGAUAAUUUGGCUGUUGCGAGUGAUACGCUGUGUGAGUUGCCGACAUCCAGCACACUCUCCAAGCGCAUGCUGGACGAGGCGAGUGAUGCUGCCCGCUCUGUCAACGAUAACCAGCCUACGGUGUUGGCUGCUAUUAACGGCGUCUUAAGUGGCAACUUGGCCUUCCACUAUGCGAGAUGGCUCGAAUCGACCUCCGAACAAGUCAUUCUGGAAUUGGCCUUCUGGAUCGGCGAGACGCCGGGUACCACUCCCACCGCGGAUCAAAGGGCCCGGUUUGCGGACAGGGCGGAUACCAGAUUCGUGGACCGGUGGAUUGUCUUCCAUUUUCACAUCGGCUUGGAUGCACGCACCUUCCUCCAGACUGACUCCACGAACCCCGUAUUCUACCCAGGCAUCACCGCCAUCAGGGUGUAUCACGGCCAAACCCUUCAUACCUAUCCAGGUGGCCAGGCCGACCCCCGGGCUGAAUAUGUUUUUAGCAACUCCUAUCGUGCAGGACAGCUCAAUGUGGGGGCGAUGCAGAACUACAACGCCCGAUCCGAGGUCCUCCGGUGUCGAAAUCUCAAUUCAGCAGAAAGAGAAAGACGUGUGUUUCCACAUCGCUGGUAUAUCGGCCGCGAUCGGACAACUGCCAUCACAGAGCAGGCGAGGCAAGGAUAUUCCACGGUGUACGUCCGGGCGCUCAAUCAACUGGGUCUCUGGCUUCACACCCGAGGUUUCUUCUCGCCUGCAAGAUUGGCAUUGCUCUGGCCGAGGAUGGCAAACUACGUAUCCACUGGGCCAGACUCAGACGGCUUUAUACCUGCACCUAGUAGUGUGAACAUUAAUGGGCGAACAGAUUAUCGCCCACAGUCGGGGGCAUUUGCUACCAACUGGGCGGCAGAUGGUAGCCAUGUGGAUAUCUCUGAGUCAGCUCCGGUCACUCCGUGA